AUGCCGAUUCGUGUGGGUUUUCUGAUCGGGAAGGACACGGACCUGGUGGAGGAUCCGAAGUAUGUGGGCGAUGCGUCCUUUUUGAUUGAUAUGCCCGACAAGUACCGUGUAGAUCCGGAGAGCAAGGAGUAUUUGAAGGAUUGUGACGAAGGCACCAAAGGCUUUGCGCACGCCGAUGUUGCCAUUCCAUGGUACAUGCACAAGCACCACAAAGACAUUGAGGUGGAUAUGAUUUUCCCUGAGGAGAUCACCACCAAGCGCUUGAAGUCCAACCUUUGCAACUUCGUGAUCGGUUACGAUGUGAUCAACACCAUGUUCGAGAACCAGAAGAGGCAAGAGACGGUCACGAAAGCGUUUAAGCAGUGCGGGAACAUCAUGCCGACCUGGAAAGUGCAGGACUUCAUCUACAUCAAGUCCAAGUACAUGAACGCAUGCUUGAAGGCGGGCAUCCCCAUGGCUCCCACCAUCUUCGCCUACAAGGGCAAGCGCAGCCCGGCGAAGUUGCUGAAGGAGAUCAAGGCAGGAGUGCCGCGCGGCACGCAGCGUGGUGCCAGCGUGCUCGCGAUGGGGCAGUGGGGCAGUGGUGGGAGGGAAGUCUCGCAGGCGCGUGGAUGGAAGACCUUUGUGAUGAAGCAGUCCAUGAUGGCCUUCUCGUUGGGCUUUUGCAAGUUGAAAGUCGAGGAGUGCGAAAAGGAUCCUUCGAUUCUGAGAAAGUACUUCAAGGAGUAUGCUGAAUGCCCAGAAUAUGUGGUGCAGGAAUGCAUUGAGGGCUUCACUCGAAACUGGGAAACUCGCGUCUUCUGGUUCAACGGUGAGUUUCUGUAUGCCAUUGCGAACAAGGCGGCUGUCUCAACAGAGGAUGGCACCGAAGUCAUUGUCACAGGUGAUGACAUUCCUGAGGAGUUCUUGGAGAAUGCCAAGCGCAUUGGAAAAGAAGCCCUCAAGGUGUUGCCGGAGCUGACGGCACCUUCCGGGGAGCUCAUUCCGAUGAUGCCUGGCGAAGCGGCGAAGCACGCCGAUGCCGGAACGUGUUUUCUUUUUGGACUACAGGGAGACCCAGCUUGA